UAAUUGCUCUUAAACUCAAUCCACUUCUUUGAAAGUCUCUCUCCGUCGUCUGUAUUUUUAUCUGAUGCUUAAACUAUGGAGGCAAAGGUGUUCUCGCUAGCGUGCGCACCUUCACUGCCAUCGCUCAUAUCGCCGGCUAACGUGCGAAUCUCCAUCUUCAAGACCAAAUACCCACCAACUCCCCGUUGCUCCUUUCUGAGAAGAUGCACCAGCGAAAAAGAGGCGAUAUUGGAGGGCAUGCCAAAGGAGUAUUACGAUGAUGAAUGGCAAGCCCAGCAACGAGAGAAGACAAAGGAACUUAAUCAAAGACGUCACAAGGAAGACGAGGAAGAAGAACGAAAGGUUGAAGAGUAUCGUGAAAUUGGUCUGCGGUUGAAGGAUUAUCCAGAAGAAGAUCUCAGGAAAGCAAGAAAAUUGGUUUCGAGCUUAAUCAGAGCAGUUGAUGAAGUGGAAGAGAAAAUUGUGGAAGCUGCUGAGAAAGGGGAACUCACCGAGCUUGUUCUAAUGGUCAUAUGGAAUCGCCUUGAUCUUGCUCGGCACGAUGAUGAAAAAGAUGCUAUUAGAUGUCUUGAUCUAUUAUACAGAAGAGUCGAGACCGAGAUUGUAAAACGGGAGGCAAGUCCUGCCAUGAGACUGCUCAAUGAUCUAUUGAAUAUGCAUGAUGGGUUUGAUAAUGAAGCAUGGCUGAAGGAAUGCAGAAAACAAAUGGUUGCUAGCUUCCCACGAGAAGAUCCAUUUAGCAUUCUCGUACCCGCAGGGUUUGACAUUGAUAAGCAUCAAGGUCCGGUGCGACCUCUUACCGAAGCUGAUGACAUUCUUCUGAGGGUAGAUUUUGUCAGAGAAGUUGACGCAUUGCUGCAGGAUGUCCGAUCGGAACAAAGUGAAGCUCAAAAUGCCCUGGGGCUGGAUCCUGAAACCAUCGCUCAUAAAUUAAAGCAACAGGAGAAGCAACGGACGAUACGGCUAGUAGAAGCUCUCCUAGAUUUGGCCAUUGAUUUGAAAUGGUAGGGAACGUAAGAGGGCAAAGGAAUAGGAAGAUCAGGGUCAAUUUUGAUUCAGUUUGUCAUUACCCACAGAAAAGCUUCAGUCCUUUUUCAUGGGUCAAUUUUAUUCAACUACUUCAUGUUCCUGUAUUUGGUUCCAGGCUUUGCGCCACCCUCAUGUUGUUACAGGCUUACCUGAAUCAUGUUCCUGUAUUUGGUUCGAGGCUUUGAGCCACCCUCAUGUUGUUACAGGCUUACUUGAAUCCUGAAGUAGAUAGCUCAGUACAAGAGCUGACUUUAUUUUUU